AUGAGAAUAACUGACACAUUCCUUUUUUCAACGUAUUUGGCAUUAACUCUUGCCGCAAGUGAUUAUUCUGUGACGAUUGAACAAUGCCUGAAUACUGAACACGACGAUUAUAUCUACCCAGCCAUUAUCUGGUACUACUAUGCUCAGUACGGGCCUACCCUUAAUCAGGCGACAUAUUAUCCGCUAUGGCAGUUGUAUGAAAUUGGUGAAGUGGAUAAGUCUUUAAAGCAGUGGUACGACAUGUACCCAUACGAUGAAGGUGAAGACUACAGCAUCCAACUAGAUCGAGACAUAUCACGAGCCCUAGAUGAAGACGUUAAGAGACUGGAAUGUUCCUUGUUAGUAUUGGAAGCCAAAGGUGCAGAAAAGACUUAUCUGUAUGGUAGACUAGCAAGGAAAUACAACGACUGGCUUAAUGAUGGGACGGAGGAAUAG